GCCGGGUGUCAUUCAUUCAUUCUGACUAAACCGCGGCUCUCAACAGACCCCGAGGGCAAGAUUACAGGGGAGUCCUUUGUGCAGUUUGCCUCACAGGAAUUAGCUGAAAAGGCUCUAGGGAAGCACAAGGAGAGAAUAGGGCAUAGGUAUAUUGAAGUGUUUAAGAGCAGUCAGGAGGAAGUUAGGUCAUGCUCUGAUCCGCCUCUGAAGUUCAUAUCUGUGCAGCUGCAGGGGCCCUGUGACUGGCCAGGCACAGCCCGGAGGUAUAAUGGCAUCGUGAAGCAGGCGGGCCUGGAGAGGAUGAGGUCUGGUGCCUACAGUGCAGGCCUUGGGGGCUAUGAGGAGUACAGCGGUCUGAGUGAUGGCUGCCUGUUUGGGAGAGACCUCAGUUACUGUCUCUCAGGAAUGUAUGACCAUAGAUAUGGAGAUGGUGAAUUCACAGUGCAGAGCACCACUGGCCACUGUGUCCACAUGAGGGGGCUGCCCUACAAAGCAACAGAGAACGACAUUUACAACUUCUUCUCUCCACUCAACCCUGUGAGAGUCCAUAUUGAGAUUGGCCCUGAUGGUAGAGUGACGGGCGAAGCAGAUGUUGAGUUUGCCACCCAUGAAGAAGCUGUGGCAGCUAUGUCAAAAGACAGGGCCAACAUGCAGCACAGAUACAUAGAACUCUUCCUGAAUUCAACAACAGGGGCCAGCAAUGGGGCUUAUAGCAGCCAGGUGAUGCAGAGCAUGGGUGAGUCAGCUGCCCAGGCCACUUAUAGUGGCCUGGAGAGACAGUCAGUGUGUGGCUGUUAUGCGGCCGGCUAUAGCGGUCAGAACAGCAUGGGUGGAUAUGACUAGUUUUGUAGUAACAUU